CUGUGGUGCCUCGGGGGAGUCUCGGGCAGUCGAGACGCGGGGAGCUGAGAAGAGGCGGCCAGGAACCAUGGCGGCGGUGGUGGCGGCAACGACAAUGCGGGCCCGGAUCCUGCAGGUUUCUUGCAAAGUGAAAUCCACUUGGUAUCCAGCAUCCUCCUUUUCUUCUUCUUCAGUGCCAACUGUAAAGCUCUUCAUUGAUGGGAAAUUUGUUGAAUCCAAAAGUGACAAAUGGAUAGACAUCCACAACCCGGCCACCAAUGAGGUAAUUGGUCGGGUCCCUCAGGCCACCAAGGCUGAAAUGGAUGCAGCCGUUGCUUCCUGCAAACGUGCUUUUCCAGCCUGGGCAGACACUUCAGUAUUAAGUCGUCAACAGGUCCUGCUUCGCUAUCAACAACUUAUUAAGGAAAAUUUGAAAGAAAUCGCCAGAUUAAUCACAUUGGAACAAGGGAAGACCCUAGCUGAUGCUGAAGGAGAUGUAUUUCGAGGCCUUCAGGUGGUUGAACAUGCCUGUAGCGUGACGUCUCUCUUGCUGGGAGAGACUAUGCCAUCCAUCACCAAAGACAUGGACCUUUACUCCUACCGCCUGCCUCUGGGGGUGUGUGCAGGGAUCGCUCCCUUCAAUUUUCCCGCCAUGAUUCCCCUUUGGAUGUUCCCGAUGGCCAUGGUGUGUGGAAAUACUUUCCUCAUGAAGCCAUCCGAGCGAGUCCCUGGAGCAACUAUGCUUCUUGCUAAGUUGCUGCAGGACUCUGGUGCACCUGAUGGUACACUGAACAUCAUCCACGGACAGCAUGAAGCUGUGAAUUUUAUUUGUGAUCAUCCGGACAUCAAAGCAAUCAGCUUUGUGGGAUCCAACCAGGCAGGAGAGUACAUCUUUGAAAGAGGAUCAAGACAUGGCAAGAGGGUUCAAGCCAACAUGGGAGCCAAGAAUCACGGAGUAGUCAUGCCAGAUGCCAACAAGGAAAAUACCCUGAACCAGCUGGUUGGAGCAGCAUUUGGAGCUGCUGGUCAGCGCUGCAUGGCUCUUUCGACAGCAAUCCUUGUGGGAGAUGCUAAGAAGUGGCUGCCAGAGCUGGUGGAGCGUGCCAAAAACCUAAGAGUCAAUGCAGGAGACCAGCCCGGAGCUGAUCUUGGCCCUCUGAUCAGCCCCCAGGCCAAAGAACGAGUCUGUAAUCUGAUCGAUAGUGGAACAAAGGAGGGGGCUUCCAUCCUUCUUGAUGGGCGAAAAAUUAAAGUCAAAGGCUAUGAAAAUGGCAAUUUUGUUGGACCAACCAUCAUCUCAAAUGUCAAGCCAAAUAUGACCUGUUACAAAGAGGAGAUUUUUGGUCCAGUUCUUGUGGUUCUGGAGACAGAGACAUUGGAUGAAGCCAUCAAGAUUGUAAAUGAUAACCCAUAUGGAAACGGAACUGCCAUCUUCACCACCAACGGAGCCACCGCUCGGAAAUAUUCCCACCUGGUGGACGUCGGACAGGUGGGAGUGAAUGUCCCCAUUCCAGUGCCUUUGCCAAUGUUCUCAUUCACUGGCUCUCGAUCUUCCUUCAGGGGAGACACCAAUUUCUAUGGCAAACAGGGCAUCCAGUUCUACACUCAACUAAAGACCAUCACUUCUCAGUGGAAAGAAGAAGAUGCUACUCUUUCUUCACCUGCUGUUGUCAUGCCUACUAUGGGCCGUUAAAAUAAGUUUAAGACUUGGUCUGUCCUGAGUAAUCUCCCUUUAUUCCUGACCAACUUCAUUGGCCAACUUUGCUCAGAUCAGAUCCCUGGGAUUGGAAAAUGUCGCUAAAAGCUUUCUCAAGACUGUCAGUUGCUGCAAAGUUGCUGUAGAGAAAUGUUCAUGUUCUAGUGUAACACUGAAACCAGAUUUUCACUUGCUCUCAUACCUCUGUUUUUGAGGUAACUGUUGUUAACUGUGAAAUGCUUAUCUGGAGUGAGAGUUUAGACCUGCUUUCUGAAACUUCUUCCCUUUUCUGAUGACGUAAAGGAAGAGAAAGUCAAUGUAAUACAAAGAUCUUCCAAUAAUUGGAAGCACUACUUUUAGAUGGAGGAGCACAGAUAAUUCAUUCUCCAGUUGAGCCUCAAACACAGCCGUACAUAAAAGCCAAUAGGGAGAUCCUUUUGCCAAGUUUUCCUGAACCUCUUUUUUUUUUUUUAAUGUUUUUGCUCUAGGGAGUAUGUGUGCACUCAUCAGAGAGAGACAGAGACAGAAGGAAAGUGAGAGAUCACCCCAUGGAGGAUGGCCAUGCCGCAAACCCUUUUCUUCUACUGCCCUUUUAGGAUUUGGGGCAUACAUGCACACGUGCCCUGUGUGAUCUUCAAGUCCCCAGGCCCAGGAUUCAGACCGUAGCCAACCAAGGGAGUCCAACGCCCAACCACCAUGCCACCUGCUGGCCCCUGAGCCUCUGUGAUUUCACACUACACAGAUAUAAUCCAUUUCCACUUAUCCCAAAGUUAUGACAACUGCUUCUUUCUUGUCUGUCAAUGAUACUUUGUUGUCCUGGUUAGUCAUGACCACUAUUUAAUUAUCAUCAUCAUUUAAAAUCACUCCUCAAAGAUACCUCAAUAUAAAAUGGAUAAAUCAUCUUUUUAUAUGUGCCAAGUUAAGUUUUAGGGUUUGCUUCAGCAAUCAUUAAUACUCCAGUUGCAGAUUAAUUAAUGAAUCAGGUUUGAUGCAAACAGUUUGCUUACGAAAUUAUUUCAGAAUGUAUAAGUUUAGAAACCAAGGAGUGUUCACCCAUGGAAGUGGGUCAAACUCUUGCCUUAAGCAAGUGUAACUUGAUAUUACUUGCUGAAUUUUCUGUGGUUCUUUUCUCUUGCCUACAUUUCUCAUUAAUGAUACUUUUUAAUGAAAGAAUUCUUAUAAUUGAGAUACUUUUUAAUGUAAUUGAGUCAAGGGCAUAAGACAUUUCAAAGCUUUUUAUGAUGUAAAGUAGUAAAAAAGAAAUACUUAAGACUCUUAGACUGUCUCUAUGCUUUUUGUUUCUUAGAUAUAUCUAAGCUUUUUU